UCUAGGGUUUUAGUUUUUUUCUUUUCAUUUGAUAUAUAUUGUCGAGUGAAGCUUGAAGGCGCAGCCGCGAAGCAAUCAGAGCACCUGCAAACAUGGCAAGAGGAUUGAAGAAGCAUCUAAAGAGGCUCAAUGCCCCUAAGCAUUGGAUGCUUGACAAACUUGGUGGCGCCUUCGCUCCCAAGCCAUCGUCUGGACCUCACAAGUCGAGGGAGUGUCUUCCUCUUGUCCUGAUCAUCAGGAACAGGUUGAAGUAUGCUUUGACUUACCGUGAAGUUAUCUCUAUCCUGAUGCAAAGGCAUAUCCAAGUUGAUGGCAAAGUUAGGACUGACAAGACUUACCCUGCUGGCUUCAUGGAUGUUGUAUCCAUCCCCAAGACCAAUGAGAACUUCCGUCUUCUGUAUGACACCAAGGGACGUUUCCGUCUUCACUCCAUCAAGGAUGAGGAAGCAAAGUUCAAGCUCUGCAAGGUUAGGUCUAUCCAGUUUGGUCAGAAGGGUAUCCCUUACCUGAACACUUAUGAUGGUCGCACAAUCCGUUACCCUGACCCGCUCAUCAAACCUAACGACACCAUCAAGCUGGACCUUGAGGCGAAAAAGAUUGUGGAGUUCAUCAAGUUUGAUGUUGGUAAUGUUGUGAUGGUGACAGGAGGCAGAAACAGAGGGCGUGUUGGUGUGAUUAAGAACAGAGAGAAGCAUAAGGGAAGCUUUGAGACGAUACACAUUCAAGACUCUACAGGACAUGAGUUUGCCACUAGGUUGGGCAAUGUGUUCACCCUCGGCAAGGGAACAAAGCCAUGGGUGUCUCUACCAAAGGGCAAAGGUAUUAAGCUGACCAUCAUUGAGGAAGCGAGGAAGAGACUUGCUUCUCAACAAGCUGCUUAAACUUCAUCAAGACUCAUUUCGUUCUACUUUGUCCUAGACUCGCUGCUUGUCUCAGUUUUGAGCAUAUCUCUUUUCUUAUGUUGUUUGACUUUGGAAAAAACCCAUCAAAAAAAUAGCUGAGUAGAGCGUUUUGUAAUGUUUGUAUGGUGGAUUUUUUUUUUGGUUAUUUACAAUUUAAAUCAGAUGACAAUUGCUUAGUCCA